UAUAAUUUGUUUGGCAUUGGACAAAGUGCUUCCAUAGAUGUUACGCUCGACAAUCUUACAAAUCGCAAAUUAAUUGAAACUAAGUUAGACCAAAGUCAGACAUGUCUGCUUCCAGUUUUUUAUAAUGGUGAAACUAUUUCCGGCAAAGUAUCGAUUUCUCUCAAGCGCGGUAGCAAGUUGGAGUAUCAGGGGAUCAAAAUCGAGCUUAUCGGCCACAUCGAUUUCUUUGCCGAUCGAGGCAGUCGAGAUGAAUUCCUCAAUCUAACACAGGAUUUAGCUCGACCUGGAAUAUUGUCCCAAGCGUCGACUUCUUAUCCAUUCCGUUUUGAAAACGUGGAAAUGCCUUAUGAAUCUUAUGCUGGGUCGAAUGUUCAUCUUAGGUACUUCCUUCGAGUGACAGUGGUCAAGCGAUUUAUGGACCUAACUAAAGAGUUGGAUUUCCUCGUGCAUUCCUUCUACAAACCUCAACAGCCCGACACUAACAUUCAAAUGGAAGUGGGCAUUGAAGAGAGCCUACACAUCGAAUUUGAAUACAAUAAGUCUUGCUACCACCUAGAAGAUGUAAUCGUUGGCAAGAUCUACUUCCAACUCGUCCGGGUAAAAAUCAAGUAUAUGGAAGUGCAGAUCCUGCGUCGGGAGUCCACUGGCCUCGGAGCGGUGAAUACCUUCACGGAAAUGGAGACAAUGGCCAAGUUUGAGAUCAUGGAUGGUGCACCGGUGCGUGGUGAAUGCAUUCCCAUUCGCCUCUUCCUUGGAGCCUAUGAACAGCUGACUCCCACUGCGAAGGAUGUCAAUCGAAAGUUCUCCGUGCGGUUCUACAUCAAUUUGGUGCUGUUGGAUGAGGAGGAGAGGAGGUAUUAUAAACAACAUGAGAUCUUUCUUUACCGACGUCCUGACAAACGUUACGAGGCUUUUAUACAAAAUCAACAAACAUCCACGAUAAUGGCACUGAAAAACUUCUCUAUGCAUCCUCAAAACCACCUCCAUGCUUCUUCCAAACCCAUCGUCGCCACUUCACAACCGGUUCCAACUCCUUAUUUGACCAGUGAAGGCACAGACGUUGCUCAAUCCAAGAAUGAUGAAAAGGGGCAGGGCGAUGUGGCUGAUUCUGGUAAACAAGAAAAUGGAUCAGCGUGCUCUGUUGAAGACGCACAAAUGAAUGACUCAAACGGUGUCGUAGAAGAAUCUUCUCCUGAAACUGAAGAAAAUGAUCAAGUUCAAGAUAAAAACGGUGCAGAGAAUCCCGUUGAGACCCCGGGCCUGGAGGUCGAAGAAAAGGAUGUAUUUAGCGGUCUUUCAGAUCAAGAGGAAGACAACGCUGAAGAAGGAAUUUCUCGUGAACAACGCAGCUUUGCCCGUUACGAGUCACCUCGAGAUGCUGUAAAUGAAGAAGGGGAAAAUGAAGAAAGGUGUGAGGCUGGUGAAAUAACUAUAAAAAAGCCCCCUAUGGAGGCAUUUGAAUCCACACCUACCUCGACUACUAAGGCUGGUACUGAGGCAACUUCAACAGUCUCGUAA